AUGAUUUUCGAAGUUUUCCACUUGCUUGCCUGUGCUGCUGUUCUCACUGGAGCAUUCUAUGUGCCACUUAACAAGCGCAACGCCAACUCAUUAAGCGAAAUUCCAAUCUACUACAAAAAUGUUUGCAAAGUUGAGGCUAAUAAAAAAGGUGGUGACGAUGUUCCUGAAAUUUUGAAGCAAGCUAACAAAUGUAAUGGUGGUGGUGCUCUUGUUUUCGAUACCGAAGAUUAUCUUAUCAAAAGUCCUCUCAACUUGACUGGUUUCGAGAACCUUGAUAUCUAUAUUGCCGGUAAUAUUUCCUUGUAUGAUGAUCCGGAUUACUGGCAAGAUAAGUUGCUUUUGAUUGAGUACCAAAACUCAUCCACUGCAAUUACCAUUGGCGGUACAAAUGUCAACUUGUAUGGUCUACCAGGUCACGUCAUUGAUGGUAAGGGUCAAAACUGGUGGAAUAAAUUUAACAAUAAAAAAAAUCAGAACUUUUAUAGACCUAUCUUAUUGGUGUUUGAUGGUUUGGUUAAUGGGGUAGUUGACGGAUUAAAUCUUUUAAACUCUCCAAACUGGUUUAACCUUAUUGCUAAUUCAUCUGGGGUUGCUUAUACCAAUACAAACAUCGACGUUUACACUGUCAACGAUAAUGAUUUUUACAACACUGAUGGUUGGGACUCCUACAGAACCUCUAACCUUAUUGUGGAAAACGCCACCAUUAAUAAUGGUGAUGAUUGUUUUUCAUUCAAGCCAAACUCCACUAAUAUUAUCCUUAAUAACCUUUAUUGUAAUGGUUCUCAUGGGAUUUCUGUUGGUUCUAUUGGUCAAUAUUAUGGUGUGACCGAUAUUGUUGAAAAUGUUAUUGUCAAUAAUGUCACAAUGAGUAAUGCUGAUUACGGUGCCAGACUCAAGACAUGGGCGGGUAGACCAGCUAAUAGUAGCAAAACAGAUGCUGGCGGUGGUUUGGGAUAUGUCAGAAAUGUCUAUUUCUCUGACUUCACAGUGGAAAAUGUCGGUCAAUCCAUCUAUGUCACCCAAUGUUAUAGUGCCGGCAGUCUCGCUACAUGUUAUGAAUAUCCUUCUUCACUUGUAAUGAGCAAUGUGUUUUUCACCAACUUUAAUGGUACCACUUCAGGAAAAUAUGACGAGGCUGGUACAAUGGUUUGCUCCAGUCCUUCUGUCUGCUACGAUUUCUUCACUAAGCAUAUCGACGUUGUCAAUAAAAAGAACGCAAGUGACACCUUUUUUAUUUGUUCCAACUUGGGAGACUCUGAAUUAUCUGUGAGUUGUGUCAACUCUACUUCACAAGGAGGGUUGAAUAAUGGCUUGUGA